GUUCCUGUCAUUUUAUUGACGCAUUCAUAGCGCCCCCUCGUGUUGUUUUAUACAAUUACGGCAGCUGGCAGAUAUCAUAAUUUUUUCUGUCUACGUGUAGAGAAUGUAAAAGAUGUAUAUGUUCCGGUGAUUUCGGAAAUAUAAAAACCCAGCUGCAUAAGUUUCAGAAAUUUUGAUAAUACCAUCAUUAAUAAUGCGAGUUUUGUACACAGUUAUUUUUCUAACGUUGGUUAUCGGGGCGUUAUCCGAUGAGCACAAUCAUAUAUACGAUGAAGGCGAAGAGGUAGUACUGUGGAUGAACACAGUAGGGCCCUACCACAAUAGACAAGAGACUUACGCUUAUUUUUCUUUGCCAUUCUGUGUUGGUUCCAAAGAAACAAUCAGCCACUACCAUGAAACCCUCAGUGAAGCUUUACAGGGAGUGGAACUUGAAUUCAGCGGCAUUGAUAUUGAAUUUAAGCUGAAGAUGUCCAGAGGAGAGUAUUGUGCUGUCCAAUUGGAUGAAGAAAAAUACAAAGCUUUUGUAUAUGCUGUCAAAAAUCACUAUUGGUAUCAAAUGUACAUCGACGAUCUCCCCAUAUGGGGUGUGGUGGGUGAAGUUAAAGAUAACAAAUAUUACAUUUGGACUCACAAGAAGUUUGAAAUUGGCUACAAUGGAAAACAAAUAAUUGAUGUCAAUUUGACCUCUGAAGAAAAAGUGGAACUAACACCAGUUACAAAGUUGACUUUUACUUAUGAAGUUAUAUGGACAAGGAGCGAUGUCAAAUUUGAGGAUAGAUUUGAUAAAUAUUUGGAUCAUAAUUUCUUCCAACACAGGAUCCAUUGGUUCAGCAUUUUCAACAGUUUCAUGAUGGUUAUAUUCCUAGUAGGUCUAGUAUCCAUGAUUCUAAUGAGAACUCUAAGAAAAGAUUAUGCUCGAUACAGUAAAGAUGAAGAUAUUGACGAUAUGGAACGUGACCUUGGUGACGAAUAUGGUUGGAAGCAGGUGCAUGGUGAUGUUUUCAGACCAGCAUCUCAUUCCUUAUUCUUUUCUGCCCUUAUUGGUGCUGGACACCAACUGACUACUGUUGUUUUUAGCGUCAUAUGUUUCGCAAUCUUAGGAGAACUGUAUACAGAGAGAGGCUCACUUCUGUCCACCUCGAUCUUUGUUUAUGCCGUGACUUCUCCAAUAAAUGGAUACUUUGGAGGCUCCUUAUAUGCUAGAAUGGGUGGCAAAAUAUGGAUCAGACAAAUGAUCGUAUCCGCCUUCAUGUUACCGGCUUUCGUCUGUGGAACUGCUUUCUUCAUCAACUUUAUCGCCAUCUAUUACCACGCAUCUAGAGCCAUACCUUUCGGCACCAUGGUUGCAGUGACUUGCAUUUGCCUUUUCGUCAUACUUCCACUGACGCUGGUUGGUACAGUAUUGGGAAGAAAUUUGGCUGGCCAACCUGAUUAUCCUUGUCGCAUUAACGCCGUACCCAGACCGAUUCCCGAAAAGAAGUGGUUCAUGGAACCUGGAGUUAUAAUUCUGUUGGGUGGAGUGCUGCCUUUCGCCAGCAUUUUCAUUGAAAUGUAUUUUAUCUUCACUUCAUUUUGGGCUUACAAAAUCUACUACGUUUAUGGUUUCAUGCUUCUAGUUUUUAUUAUAUUGAUGAUUGUAACCGUUUGCGUCACAAUUGUAUGUACUUACUUUUUACUGAACGCUGAGGACUAUCGUUGGCAGUGGACAUCAUUUUUAGCUGCCGGUUCGACAUCUACCUACGUCUACAUAUACGCCAUCUAUUACUUUUUCUUCAAGACAAAAAUGUAUGGACUGUUCCAGACGACGUUCUACUUUGGAUACAUGGCUUUGUUCAGCGGAGCCCUGGGCAUAAUGUGCGGAACCGUGGGUUACAUAGGCACGAGCGUAUUUGUGAGAAAAAUAUAUUCUACUGUUAAAAUUGACUGAUGUUGUAACCGUUUUGUAUAUAGAUGCGUUUUUCGUUUAUUUCUGUGAG